AUGUCGCGAUCAUCAUUCUUCUCUCGUUCCCCACGGGACCGCAAUCCUCUCCUCCCUCAACACUCCCGCGAGGAGUCAUACUCUCUCCGGGACUUGUCGCCCCGGGGGUCACAAAGCCCACGAGCUUCUCCUUCUCCUCCGCCUUCAUUCUAUCGCUCCAAGAACAACGACGAUGCCCAUAACCCCUCCACAUCUCGUUCGCCCGGAACACGAGAACGAAGGAUCCAGUUCGCUGCGCCGCCGCCGCCGAUAGCUACGAGUGUUGUUUUACCACCAGUACAACAUCCAAGUCAACAUGCGAACUCUACAAAUUAUAGUUGGGGCGCGGAAUCUUCGUCGCGGGGUUAUAAUGCAGGGAAUAGGGUUGGAGGUGUACACAUCAGAAGUAACACUGCCAGUGUAGAUCCUUUACUUGGUCUGGAAAGGCGGGAAAAGGCUAUACAUCAGGAAUUACAGAUGUUACUCGAUGCACAAUCUGCGGGUCUGGUGCAGGGCUUUGGGGGUGAGGUUGGUUCCAAGUCGAGCAUAGACGGGAGCUCCGAUGCGGGGAGCAGCACGCCGACAUCGAGGUCGGCGCAGAGAAGUUCGAGCCUACAUAAUGGAAAGAAUCGGGGCAUUGUGCCGGUUAGGCAGCCAAAGAAGAAGCAAAUUAGCUUAAGGGGCGCGAGGAGGGGUUUGCUGACGGAUAUGGAGGAACUGGUUGGAAUAAAGACAGAUGAAGUUGGCAUUUUAACUAGUGAGAUUGAGACGAGAAACGAGGUUUUAAAACAAGUUGAUGUUUGGGAGAAGCGGAUAGAGGGCGCAAGAAAGCAGCUGAGCAGAUAUAGUGCGAGCGGAGACCAGGGAAAUGGAAGCGAUGAAGAGGCUAGGGAGCUCGCGGAGCUAAGGACCGAGGAGCAAGCCGUCGACAAUGAGAUUCGAGAGGUUGAGGAGAGGCUGGCGGAGAUGAAGGCAAGGAAACGAUGGCUAGGGGAGCAGAUUCAAGAGGGGGUGAACAGGCAGGAAGCAAAAUUGAGCAGCUAUCAGGGUGCGCUGAAGGAGGCUGAGUCGGAAGUAAAGCAAUUCCUUAAACGGCCUCCCGUCCCAGUAUCCGUUAUUAUGGGCAACGAAGCUGGGUUUAUGGCGUUGCCCUCUAGUAGGAGAACCUUGAGCAUGGCGAGAGAAUGGUGGAACAAAGAGCUUUCCCAGCUACACGCCCGGAAGCAGGAUGUCGGAAACGAGAAGGCGGCACUGGAUGAGGGUGCUCAGCUCUGGCAGGAUGCAAUUCAAGUUGUGACAGAGUUCGAGGACGGCUUGAGGAAACAGAUGGCCAGCGGUGAUCCUCAGAACACCACUCUGCUUAAGAAGCAAAUAGGGAAGAUGGGAGAUGUCAUUAGCAAACUCGAGAAAUCCGCAGCCACGGCCGAAGAACGAGGGUGGAAUCUAUUAAUUUGUGCUAUUGGUGCCGAGCUUGAGGCAUUUAGAGAGGGAGAGGGCAUCCUGCAAGGAGCUUUAGAAGCGACUGGCAGUGAUAACGAGCUGGGGCAGGAAGAAACGCUCGAUACCAGCGUACCUAAUGAGUUGAGUGGGAAAACAAGGGAACUUAACCGGGACGACAGCACUGAGCGAGAAGAUAGCGAAGAUGAUGGUCCGAAUUUGGAAGAAUUGCUGGUUGAGCAUGGGAGUGCGGAUGAGACCUCUUGA